AUGACUGCAGGAGACCGGAGCCGGGCACAGAGAUGCCGGAAGCUGAAAACCGGAAACACCGCUCCUGACAGACGUGGCGGCCUUACAGAGCACCGAACGCUCUUUCCCCGCCCACUGCUGUUACAUUUGCCCUUAUUUCCAGGUGAUCGUCCGCUUACCUCGUUGUGUAAUGCCAGGAGUACAAGAGACGGAUCCUGUCAUGGGCGAGGAGCUGGAAGAACAGUGUAUUUGACUAGAGUCAGAACACCUAAGGUCUCAUUGGUUAACUGGGUGGAUACCAUCUUGGUGCCCUACAUCCAUGUCCAAAUUAAAGACCGUGGAAUCCAGGAUACUUCAGUAGUGAAACACCUAAUUCUUGUUGAUCCAUGGGGCUUCCCAACCUUGCCAACAGACCCCAGUGAGAUGCGUUCUCCUCCAGCAUGGGUAAAAGCUAUUGCUGUCGUUCUUGGACGGUCCAAUCCUUUGGCUGUUGUGAGAGCAGCGGGACCUUGGGGGCCCAGAUUGGUGCAGAGAUUUCGUCCAGACUUGAAAAGGAAAUUUGAGGAGUUCUUUGAGGAUGACACCAUAAUGGAAUACAUUUACCACUGCAAUGCUCAGACACCAAGUGGUGAAAGUGCUUUCAAGACCAUGAUGGAGCGGUUUGGCUGGGCUAAGCGACCAAUGAUGUCUCGUCUUCAUUUGAUUCCAAAAACCCUUCCUAUCACAUUCAUCUAUGGGGCAGAGACCUGGAUUGACCGCAGCACAGGGGAAAAAGCCCAACAGCUACGACCUGACUCCUAUGUGCACACAUUGGCCAUCAAAGGUGCCUCUCACCAUGUGUAUGCAGAUCAGCCAGGUAUCUUCAAUGAAGUGGUGGAAGAGAUUUGUGAUGCGGUGGAUUGAUAGUACCCCGAGUCCUCCCGAAAUAAGGAAAAGCUCCUGGUGUGUGAACCAGGCUUACUAAUCUAAAAUACCAAUAAUGGCUCACAUUUCAGCUUUAUUCUUUGAGCUGGAUAGUUUAGAGCCAUUUUUUUUCUAAAUGAAGUAGGUUUCCCACAGUGCCACAGCAGUGCAUGGUGCCCUCUCCUGGUGAUAUUCACCAACGGUAUGCCUGAUCUUUCUAUUGGAGCACUAACUAGUAAAAGAAAGUUAACCAAUCUUUCUGGGUUUUUUUAUACUCUAUAUUGGAAGAUUGUCACUUAGUUUGAAUUUAUAAGGAGUUACAGCAAUGAAUGUUUGACCUUAAUGUGCCAAAAUUGUCCAGUGCUUAAGAUACACAGAUUACUGUAGUAGAGGAGCAUAUACACAGGCUCACAUAAAAAAAACGAUUCAAAGCUCUGAGUAGGCAUUCUAGUAGAAUGACAUUGCCUUUGUCAAUGUUGGCUUCUAGUGGACGUGUAAACUAGGGCCCCUAAAAGUGUAAAAAGGUAUGAUUUUCAGAAACCUGUGGAUUACAUGUUUGAUGUUGCCACUUGCCAGUACUACUUCUCUAAUAUGCAAGGAGUCUAUUUUAUAUUAAGGUAAUAUCCAGAUCAAUAAUAGUGAUGCAUCUUAUUUUUAUUGUAUAUGGCAGAACUGGUUAUGGUAAAUUUGUUCUUUUGUGUAAUCUGUGGUAUGUUUUAUUUGCUUAAAGAUGAGUUUGUGUAGUUCUAAUUAUAUCUCUAUACGUGAUAUGAGAUGUUGUAUUGCCUCCUUUAACAUUUUAGCAACGACAACAUGAAGACUUUCUGGCAUUCGUUUGU